AUGGAGAAUAACAAAGCGCUUCUACACCGCAUCACCGUUACAGGCAGCGUCCAGGCGCUUGUCAUCGACGAUGACAUUCUCUUUGCUGGCCUAGACGGCGGACUCAUCGCGGCCUAUUCACUCGACACCUUCGAUCUGGUAUCCCAGGUACAGGCCCACGAAGACAGCGUGCUGGGUCUGGACCUGUGCGCACAGCAGGAGCUUCUCUUCACCACUACACAGCAUAAGAUCGCCUUUCGAGAUCGGCGAUGUGUUCUGCGUGCCUACUCGGCGAGGACGAGCCUGGCUUUCUUUGGUGCUCAGAAUGGAAGUCUGAGCUGGUAUAGGGUGCCUGAAGGGCGCAAUGGCGUCCCAGUACCAGAGACUCCGUUCAGUCCCGUAGCACGAAAACACCGCUUCUUCGACUCUUUCGGGCCAGGAGGAACGCAAGAUCCUCUGCAACUGAGAGGGCCGAACGGCACACUGAAGGUUGGAGGCCGUCGUCACACUGUGCAUCUCGAGAACUACCAGGCAUACUCGCACAAAAGCUAUGUAUUUGCCAUGGUUCUCGCCAAAGGCCUCUUCCAGCAUGAUGCAGAAGAAGAAGUCCUAAUCACGGGUGGCGGUGGCGGCACAAUCAAGCUGUGGCGGAUCGAAGCAACAUCUAGCGGAGUACUCGAGCUCUUCAAGCUACGGAACAAAGGUUUGAGCGUUCUGAGCCUUGCAUACUCUGGCUCAUUUCUGUACGCUGGCCUUUCUGGAGGAGUCGUUCACAUCUACAACCUCUCUUCAUGCCAGCUGGUCCAUAAGCUUCGUGUCGGUCAAGACGAUGUUUUACAGACACAGAUCAGUUGUGGCUCGGUGAUAGCCGGCUCAAGCGGUGGUUUGCUCACACAGUUCAACAGCCAGUUCUCGGAAGUCGCAAGUUGGCAAGCACAUAACGGGAAAAUCCUGGCGUCUUACCACUCACAUACACCAAGCCGCAAAAUACUGGCGACAGGAGGCAACGACAACACUAUCGCCAUCUGGGACCCGAAAGAUCCCGAAGCAACUUCAGUCGCGCAGGCGGUGCAGAGUGACGAUGAGCUGCUCAAGUCUCUGCGGCAAUUCAUUGGUUACCAGACUGUAUCCGUCGACCCGCGGCACGCUCGCGAUUGCCACGAAGCUGCGAACUUCCUUCGCAAGCUAUGCAACGCUUUUGGGGCUACCGCAACUGUGCUCUCUCCUGCUGGCCAGGAAGGCGUCAGUCCGAUCCUGCUAGCCAAGUUCAGAGCCUCAGCCGAACCCGAGGACAGUAAGACUAUCCUGUUCUACGGACACUACGAUGUCGUGGGUGCCGAGAUGUCUGUCAACGCCAAAGGGAGACGGAACUGGUACGCUGACCCGUUCUCGCUCACACCACUCAAUGGCUUCUUCUAUGGUCGUGGUGUUUCGGACAACAAAGGCCCGAUCCUGGCAGCUCUGUACGCUGUGGCGGACCUUGUUCAGCAAUCACGCCUUUCCUGUAAUGUGACUUUCCUACUCGAAGGUGAUGAAGAGGCCGGCUCCAGAGGAUUCCGUCCGACCGUCCAGCAACAUCACGAUCUUAUAGGACCUGUUAACCACAUUCUCCUGAGCAACAGCUACUGGCUCGAUGAUCAUGUUCCAUGCCUGACAUUCGGCAUGCGUGGAGUCGUACAUGCAACUGUGAAUAUCACAUCCUCUCGACAGGCAGAUCUGCACUCCGGUAUGGACGGAAAAGCAGUGCAGCACGAGCCGCUCAAGGAUCUCACCGUUCUUCUUUCAACCAUCCUUGGACCCAAUGGCACCGACAUCACCAUUCCAGGUUUCAAUGGCAGCAUCGACAAGCUGACUGACGGUGAGUCUGCGGCAUACAACCAGAUCGCUUCCUCACUCCUGGCUGGCCAUCCGGAGAUCAAGUCACAGCAAGAGUUCGCGCAGUCACUGAUGCAAAGGUGGCGAUACCCGAACCUCACAAUUCACCAGAUCAGCGUUCCAGAGGCCAAAACUGCUGUCACAAUCUCACGCACUGCUCAAGCAACUCUCUCCAUACGCAUCGUCCCGUCACAGACAGCAGAAGAGGUCGCCACGAGUCUGACUGCUCACCUCGAGAAAUCAUUCGCAAAGUUGCACAGCAACAAUAAGCUGGAGGUGCGUAUCACAGCCAAAGCCGACCCAUGGCUGGGCAAUCCGCGUUCUCCUCUGUUUCAGUCCCUGCGUUCCGCAAUUGUCGAUGUUUGGAAUCCUGAGUCAGAUGAUGGCGGUCGCUCCUUCCCAGACUCUGCAUCAAGGCCACCUGAUCCAAGCAUUUCCGAGAUCAUCAGCCCAGUACUGCGGCCUCCGCACCGCCGCGCAUCAACCCUUGCCUCCUCCGGCACCUUCACUUCCGCAAACACGCCUCAUGAACCGCUGUUCAUACGUGAGGGCGGCUCGAUACCUGCGAUUAGCUUUUUGGAGAAGGAGUUUGGAGCGGACGCGGCAAUGUUCCCGAUGGGCCAGGCGAGCGAUAACGCUCAUUUGGACAACGAGAGGAUCAGGGUCGAGAAUCUGAAGAAGGGCGGAGCUGUUCUGAAGAGGGUAUUUGGCAUGCUGUGA